GCCCAUUCAAUUCAAUUAUAUACUACAAUAAUUUUCCAACCACUUUCCCUUUCUUCUUCUUGUUCUUCGUUCUACGUUCGACAGCUUCAAAUACCCAAAUCAAGAAAAGAAAUUUGGAAAAGUAUCAUUUGUAGAAAUUCAUGAAAAAAUGAAUGGUUCCAAGUUUGAAGAUCAUGGUUUUCCUCGAAGCCCUUUAAUGUGUAGUAAUACUUCAUCUGAACCUGUCAGCUCCACUUCUUCGGUUAAUUCUUCUCCUGCCUUCACAUCAAGUAAAGGGAAGCCCCCAACUGGGAGGAAUCACUAUAAGUUUGAAAGAAAGGCUAACAGUUUAGCUUACAGAAUCCGCGAACACGUUAGACUGGGGCCUAAAAUAUCUGAAACAGUGAAGGGGAAGCUGAGUGUUGGGGCCAAAAUUAUUAAGAAAGGAGGCAGAGAAAAUAUAUUUAGGGAAAUGUUUGGUGUUAUUGAGGGAGAGAAGGUGUUGAAGGCAUCUCAGUGCUAUUUAUCAACAACAGCAGGUCCAAUUGCUGGGAUUCUUUUCAUUUCCACUGAAAAAAUUGCAUUUUGUAGUGAAAGAUCCAUUACCCUUCAGUUGUCUUCUGGAAGCCAUUUCAGGACUCCUUACAAGCUUUCUGUCCCAGUGAAAAAGAUAAAAAGAGCUAACGAAAGUGGGAACAUGGACAAUCCAGCACAGAAGUACAUAGAAAUAGUCACAGAAGACGAUUUCGAAUUUUGGUUUAUGGGAUUUGUUAGGUAUGAAAAAGCCUUUAUGAAUCUGCAGAAGGCCAUUUCUUUGUCCCAAUGCAUGUAAAAUUUCUCCUUGCAGACAGCAAAUAGAAGAAUUUACCUUUUUAUUAGUUUUUAGUGUUGCUUUUAGGAAUCUCAGGGAACUACAGAAACUUGUACAAAGCUUUUUUCUUACGUAGUUAUUUGUUAUUUGAGGUCGUAGUUUUCGUGUAAUAUGUUUGUGUUAUGAAAUUUGUGGUAUAAUAUGUACAUUUAAAAGCGUUAUGUUUAUGAUCAUUUUGAAUA